UGAAUGGAGAAUCGUCUUGAGAAUAUCUCGGGUUUUAUCUAGUUUAUCUCAGAAAUUUCAUCUACUCGACAAGUCGUGAUUUUCUAAAUCGUUAAUCACAAUGAUUAAAAUCGCCACGAGGACUUGCGAUCAAUCCCCACCAUCAGGUUCCCCAUUCCCCCCUUUUUUUUCGAGGCUUAGUAGGUCGGCGGAAAGGAAGUCGACCCGGGGGUGGCGCAGGCGCUAUCAAAGAAGGGGGUGAUCAAUAAGCGGCGAAACUACCCCCGGCGGCGGCCUCAGGAGGGCAGGAGAUCAGUAGCGUACGGACGCGCGAGUAGUGCACAACGAGGGUGCGUGCGUUCGUGCGUGCGUGGGGUGUGUGCGCAUAAAGGGUGAGUCGCGAGUGAGCGAGGGCGAGCGAGAGCAAAACCGCCCCUCCUCCUCCUCCUCCUCUACCCCCGCUGUGCUGCGGGAAAAACUCGCCUCAGCAUGCAACCACCACCGAGAAAAGUAAACUACGCAAAGUCUCUAAAAAAUGUACACGCGGAGCAGGCGGCGAAAUUGCAAGCGAAGAAUCAGCACGAAUGCGAUCUUCUGGAAGACGUACGCAAUUUUACGAUAAAAAAGUCCGCCAUUGAAAAGUCCUACUCAGAGGCGCUGCUUAAAAUAUCGUCUGCAUAUUUGAACAAGAAGAUACCAAACAUACCGGAUCUCAAAGUCGACGGGGCGGAAGAGAAAUGGAACAUGUGGAACGUGUGGCGAACCGUGCUGGAGGAAAACGAGAAACUGGCACGCGCGCGUCUUGCUGCCGUCGAGGUCUUCCAGCAGCAGAUCGCCGAUGAUGCCAAGAGCCUCAGGAUGCACAAAUUACAAAUCUCCAAAAAGGCAAUCGACCAAUUACUCAUAAUACACAAGGAGCUGCAAAUUUGCGUGCAAGAUGUCGACAAGACGAAGAAAUUGUACUUUGACGAGGAACAUAGCGCGCACGAUGUGCGCGAUAAGGCAAAGGAUAUCGAAGAAAAAUUGAAGAAGAAGAAAGGCUCCUUCUUCCAGUCGAUAACGUCGUUGCAGAAAAAUAGCGCCAAGGUGAGCUCGAAGAGAGACGCCUUGGAGGAGAAAUCAACCGGAGCACGCAAUGAUUAUAUAUUGAGCCUCGCCGCUGCCAAUGCUCAUCAGAACCAAUACUUUGCAGUCGACUUACAGAACAUCAUGAAGAUCCUGGAGAACGGGGUUUAUGAGAAAGUCGCGGAAUACUUGACGCUGAUGGGACGCACGGAACUACUCACUUGUCUGGCCAUGCAGAAUAGCUUUGGCAAGAUUCGCGAUCAGGCUCAGCAGCUUACUAGAGAGUACAACAUUCAAUGUUGUUGCAUACAUUAUCCCGUUUUGAAGCAACACAUUCAAUACAAAUUCGAGCCCUGCGAUAGCGAUCCCGUCGAUAGGAUAACCGCCGAUCAUUCAGCGGCGACGACGUUGGGCAAGGAAGCGCGUCGUUGGUCGACGAAACGCGCCCGUGAGAUCAGCAGUGCCCGCGAGAACAAGCGGAAGCUGCAGGUGCUGCAGCAACUUAGGGAUGCUGGCCAAAAGACUGAUCCGAAUGAUCCUAAUGGUCCAGAUUUGGAUACCAAGAUCGACGAGUUAAGUCACGCCGUUCGACGAGCGGAGACAGCAAAACUGAAGGCCGAAGCGAGGAUAGAAUGUCUUCGACAGGGUGGAGUGAACGUGGACGAGUUUCUGCAAGAGGCUGAAACGCUCAGUGUUCAGGAUAUGCCGCGUUCAGCCAGUUCCCUCUCCGUUCGGACGGAUGCAUCUGGUGCAGCGGAGCAUCCGUCAUCAGACUCUUUCUACGACAGCGAUGGUGACGGCGCGAGUGACCUGACGACCGUCGAACAGCCGGGGAAGACCGUGUCCCAGCAGGAAGAGGAAGCCGAAGACAGGCAGAGACACGACAGCGCGGAAGUCGAUGCAUUGCUGGAGCAGGAGAAGCAACGAAUAGAGGAGUUGACAGCAGGUUGGGACGAUCCUACGGCGGUCGAUUGGGACAACGAGGAGAAGGACGAUCAUGAAAUUAUGCGCGGGACACCGGAGAUGCCUUCUAACCAACCCAUUUACAAAUGCACCGCCCUUUACUCGUACACGGCGCAAAAUCCCGACGAGCUUUCCAUCGUGGAGAGCGAACAGCUGGACGUGGUAGGAGAAGGCGAUGGUGAUGGAUGGCUGAAAGCGAGAAACUAUCGAGGAGAGGAGGGUUUUGUACCGCAAAACUAUCUCGAUGUGGAGAGGGAACCAGAGCCGAGCACCGGCGGGCUAAUUUCGCAGGGCCCGAGCCUGGUCCAGCAGAUCUCCUUUUCAUCCGUCGAUUACACCAUCGACGAUCACGAUGCCGUCGAUCCUGACGCCACGUUGGAAAGUGCUGCACCGGAAACCAUUGUACAAAAUCAUAUUGGGGAGGUAGAGCAAUAUUGCAUCGCGCUCUACGACUACGACGCAACGUGCGACGAAGAGCUGAGCUUUCUGGAGGGCGAUAUCGUUAAGGUGUUGAAGAAAGAACCGCACGACGUGGACGAUGGCUGGUGGGAGGGUGAAUUGAGAGACCAGCGGGGUCUCUUUCCUUCUCUUGUCGUGGAACCUUGCGGACCAGACGGGUCUCCUUUGACUCCACAGGACGACAUGACACCGCCGAGUUCCGCGCCACCAGUUUUCACUCCACCAGAAGUUUCACCGGAAUUUUUACUGGACGAUGAAUCCGCUGAAAUCGAUGAAUCGCAAGAAGGCAAGCCAGUAGUGAACGGGAUUUUCGUGAUAAAUCUGUCGAAAAACCAAAAGGAGCACUAUGGCUCACAGUUUGACGAGGACAAGUUAGAAGGACCGGAUAUAUUAGUCGUGGAGGUAUCAGACGAAUCGGGCGAUAAGGAAAAACUCGAAGAUCCGAAACCCGUUGAAGACUCCACCGAAAAGGAUGACGUUGGUCUUGGUGUAGCACAGAUCGUCAUCACGGCCGCGACACCGAUGGAGGAGGUCGAACAUCCGUUCCCCGGACUGGAGGAGACCUCGGGGGACUCAUCGAAACCCACCGAGACUGUCGAGGCGGACGUCGCCGAAACCGAUCCCGAGGCUGAUCCUUUGAGCGCGGCUUCGGAUGCAAACGAGAGCGAGUGUAAAGAGGAAGAAACGACCGUCAUUUUGGAUGAGAAGGAGGAGGAAGAGGCUGAAGAGAAAUCGACGAUCGACGAACUUCCGGCGGACUCGGCGCCGUUCCCGAUCAGCAGCAGUUCCGGGAGCGAAGGAGAUUCGACUUCUGGCCCCAGCACCAAUGGGAAUUCCCAAUCGAGGGGAACAGUGGUGGAAGUGACGGAGGAGGUCCCAGAGGUCAUGGAAGAGGAACAAGUGCCGCCGGCAGGAAAGAUGCUGGUGGGAGGGAGAGCCAGCAUCCCGGACGAGUUGCAGCCGGAUCAGUUGGAAAAAUUGCAGACGCUCAAGGAAUCGAACGCCUAGGGCUGACUGGACCCCGGGGCGCACAAAGGCAAAAUUACUCUGCCCGACGGUCACCCCGACAAUUUUCGACAUCUGCUGGACUUUUGGCGAUCGCCCGAAGCGCAUAAAGACUACUUUGAACGAGAUUCCGAGCAGUGCCGCGAGGAUGAUGAGAAGGAUGAGCGUUCGGGAGCUCGAUUGUAGCUCGACUGUUGUUAGGAUAAUGGACGUUAAUAGAUUGACAAGUGGAACAGACAAGUGGGUUGCCUAGAUGAUCAUGCGCGGUUGCACAAACACACCAAAAACCAUCAAGUAGAUUCUCGCUUCGCGCUAAAGCACAAGGAGAAGGUAGACGUUAUACUUUUAAUCGAACUUAGCAAGCUUAAAGAUCAUUAUCACGUUAAUAUAGAGCGUAGGGAUCUAACUCGUCUUGACGAAAUCAGUAACGCCGAAUUUCACCGUUCGCGGAACAUGACACGGAGGAACAUUCUCUCGUGCUCGAGACUCGAGCAGAUUUCAGCAGGCUGAUAAGUUCCCGUUUUUUUUUUUUUUUUUCGAAAAGUAAACUCGCAAACCAUCGAUGAUCGUGACACGUAUGUCCGUACGUCGAACGUGUUCGAGAGUCCGAAAGCUCUAAAGGAUUAUUUUCGUGCGUUCACGACGUCGGGAUAAGCAGUCUGAUCUAUCUGAUCUCACCGAAAUCGCGUUCGUAAGCACCAAGCCAUUUUCAAGCGCAAUCUCGGUAUCGAAUUUCGAGAAACCGUGAAGCUAACUUUUUGUCGCCUUUAAUCCCUUAGAAUCGAUUGCUGGUCGAAUGCGAUGCGUUGGACAAGUUUGUUCAUGGAUUCCCGAAAACGCAUUUAGACAAAUUAUUUCGAAUUUCACCACCGCAAAGACAGCCUGUAGUAAAAAUCUUGACCAUAGCCACUCUCAUAAUCAGACCGUGAUCGAUACGAUGUGAUUAUUAGAGAAAAAUAAAAGAGAUGGAUUUACUUUGACGAAAUCGAUACAGAUUACUAUGUUGAUCUAUUAACGUUGCCGGGCGAAUCAAUCGACAGACAAAAGACUCGAGUCGGACUCGAUAGUGAUUCGAUAAGAGUCGGUAAGGGAUAGGAUCAAGAUCAGGACAGUCGCAACAGGUGUAGAGAAACACUAACGCUAUAUAUAUAUAUACAACAUCAGCAAGACUUUACGCAAAGCUUUAUACAAGGUCAUCGAGAUUUCUAUGUUGACCCAUCGAGUUUAAAACGUUUAAGGAAUUAGAACUGUCCCACUUUGGGAUAACACGUUUGAAACGGGUUGGGCAAGAAUCUCGAAAAUACAAGUUUCGAUUGAACGAAACUGCGGAGCAAAGAUCUUCCAUAUAGGAAAUGUACAGUGACACGAGCUAAUGGAAAGAAUUGUCGAUACCGUGCACCACAAAGAACGUAACGAUACCUGCACGCAAUCGUUGGUGUACAUUUCAAGGGAAUUACACUGGUGUUGCAUGUAAAAAA